GCUGCCAUAUUGGUUUGAGGGAUCGUUGUCGCUCUGGGAGUUCGGGAUGAAAGUUUACAUUUUGCAGUUUGUCGAUUAUUGAAACGUGCAAACUGACUUUUAUUCUCGGAAUUACACGUUUCGUUUGUGCAGAGGUUCGUGGAGAAAACACAAGCUCUGAGUUGGCUCUUUGCGGAAUGCAGUUCUAGGAUGGGCCGAGUGCAGGCCACGAUGAUGUCUGAUCGCAUAGAUUUCACAUAAAAAAGAGGAAACUUUCCCAGGAUACAAACACCAGGAUUCAUCGGCCUCGUGUUUCUGCACCAUGAGUGCACCAGCGCCUCAGAGGAGGUUGGCUAAUGUGGGGUCUUUGCUUCUCACCCCGCAGGAGAACGAGUGUCUGUUCAACUACCUUGGCAGGAAAUGCAUCACUCUGUGUUCAGCAGUGGUGCAGGUGUAUGCAGCAGACAGAGGUCCGUCUUGGAGCAAACGAUGCUGUGGAGUGGCCUGCUUGGUGAAAGACAACCCUCAGAGGUCUUAUUUCAUUCGUGUGUUUGAUAUCAAGGAUGGAAAAACUAAGUUCGAGCAGGAGCUGUACACUAAUUUUACAAGCAAUAGUUCAAGACCUUACUUUAUCACAUUUCCAGGGGAUUCUUGCCAGAUCGGCCUGAAUUUUGCUAAUGAAGAGGAAGCAAAACGAUUCCGCGUUGCCCUUAAUGACCUCCUCUGCAGACGACAGAAGAAAACCGAGAAAAGACGUGACCCACCAAAUGGACCCACGUUGCCAAUGGCGACGGUGGACAUCAAGAACCCAGAAAUUAACAAUGUGAGCUUCCAUAACAAUUCCCACAUGAACAACAUGGUGCACAGUAACCUUAACAAGAAAGAGAAGAAGGUGAAAGGCAAGAGGAAGAAACUGACGAAGGCUGACAUCGGGACUCCCAGCAAUUUCCAACACAUCGGCCAUGUAGGCUGGGACCCGAACACAGGCUUCGAUCUGAAUAACCUGGACCCAGAGCUGAAGAACCUGUUCGACAUGUGCGGCAUCUCUGAAGCACAGCUCAAAGACAAGAAAACGUCAAAGGUGAUCUAUGACUUCAUCGAGAAGAAGGGAGGCGUGGAGGCUGUCAAGAAUGAACUGAAAAGACAAGCACCUCCACCUCCUCCAUCACGUGGCGGUCCUCCUCCCCCACCCCCUCCUCACAACUCUGGUCCUCCUCCUCCCCCACCCCCUGCCCGGAGUCGAGGAGCACCACCUCCUCCUCCUCCUUCCAGAGCUCCAACAUCUGCUCCUCCGCCCCCUCCACCUUCCCGCCAGGGCUUUGGAGCACCUCCUCCUCCCCCUCCAAGCAGGGGCCACCCACCUCCCCCUCCUCCUGCUCAUGCCAGCAUGCCCCCCCAAGCCCCUCAGUCUCACCCUCCACCUCCUCCACCUCCACCACCAGCCACAGGAGGAGCUCCUCCACCUCCUCCUCCUCCUCCUCCUCCUCCUGGACCCCCACCCCCACCCGAGGUGGACGGAGGUGGGGAGUCCGUGCCCUUGCCCACUGGGGGCAAGUCAGCCCUGCUGGAGCAGAUCAGAGAGGGCGCCCAACUGAAGAAGGUGGACCACAAUAACAGCCAGCGUCCAGCAUCCACCAACACGGGCCGGGACGCUCUACUCGACCAGAUCCGCCAGGGCAUUCAGCUCAAGACGGUAUCAGACAGUUCGGACUCAGGCCCACCCACACCUGCUCCUGCAUCGGGUAUCGUAGGAGCACUAAUGGAGGUGAUGCAGAAGAGGAGCAAAGCCAUCCAUUCCUCAGACGAAGAUGAGGAUGACGAUGAGGACGAAGACUUUGAGGACGAUGAUGAAUGGGAAGAUUAGACCUCGUCUCCUUACGAUAACCCACCCGGUAGAAUAAGUGACACUAAAUUCUUACCUUUCCAAAAUGUACUCAAACUCUGUACAUGUUCUUUCAAAUCGCUGUAUAUUUUUGUUGCCUUUUUUUUUUUUUUUUUUUUUUUUUUUUUAAAUAAUUUGUGCAAUACCUCAUAUAAUCUGUAUAGUAUUGUCAUGUAUCCUCUGUAAAGUAAUAUCCUGGAAUAACCAUGUGAAGUUUAAUGCCAGGAAGGGCUUUCUUGACUUGUUGAUUUGAAUGUUUCUGUUCCCUCAUUAACAAGGAAAGGGAGAUGGACAGGAUCCUCUAUGUUCUUGUUAAUUGUUGAUUAACGAUUGAAAACGCUAUUUUCAUACCCUGCUUUUCUGUACUUUUUGAUUUUUCUUAUACAAGUCCUAGUCUAGCACUCUGUGUUUUGGUAAGAGGUUCUUCUCAGAAUAUUUAACCCCUCCACACAGCCACCAAUCCUGUAACUAUGUAAAUGUAUACUCGGCUGAUGAACUACGGUUAUGUUUUGCACGGACGUCGAGUCAGAAGUCACUACAACGCCACAUUGUGCUGCAUUUUCACAGAUUAUUUCCUGUGGUUUUUAGUACCAGGUUAAGAUUUCACUGAACACUGCACGCGAAACAAUAGACAGCUUUAUAUUUGUUUAGUUUCAUGCUUUAUGGUGUUAUUGAAAAAGAUAAUGCUGUAGAUUGAAACUGACAAAGUUGUGAAUGCAGUUCACUUCGAAAUAUUUCCAUCGAACAUCCCCAAUAACAGUUUUUUUUUUAUUAUUCAAGUCAUAUCAUGAAAGAACACUACACAAAGAGUUCACUAACUUAUACCAUUUACAAUAAGCUUUUAAAAAGCCAGUGCUUUUUAAAAUGCAUGACAAACACAUGCAAGGUCAAUACUAAGGAUCUUUGUGUAGCAAUUAAUGCUGUUUUAACAGUAUUUGUCUGAAUUUUGCUAUCCUUCAAGGAUUGUGCUGCAUUCAAACUAUAAAACUGACAUCAAACCUUACAAAUGGGUUGGAAUGUGGAAUGAAAACACUAAAUUGUAUACUUAAAUAAAUGGUAAUAUUGGUUCAUUUUCUCA